AAUCGUGAAGAGCAGAAUUCGUCUGAGCAACUUCGCCUUUUUGCGAGAAAUCAUCCAAACGUAGUGAAAUCUAUGAUGAAGCAGACAUCAUUGAAGGAAAAUCAAAUGAUUUUACCUAAGUCCUACAACAUCAUUGGCGAAUUUUCCUCACCAUCUCGGGCUAAAACAAGCCUAACACCAAAUGAAAAGCUGGAUUUGUGUUGCCGCAAACGUCGUGUUAAUCCCGGAUGUCAAGCGAUGUGCAAUUUUGAAGCGUUGAAUGAUAGGACGGUUAUUCAAACAUAUCGUGUGAAGAUCAAAGUGGUACGGCUUUACUGGAUCAUUAAUGAGAUUCUGAUUGGGGAUGAAUUCUAUGUUUAA